CGGAAAUGCUUCAUGAAAUCGGAAUGACAAAAAUGCAACGUAGUAUUGUUCAAAAUUUUCGACGAUAUGAUUCUCAAAAGUGGUUCUAGCUGGCUUGUUGUAAGUGUGAGGAUGCCUUUCGCCAUUGUGCCAUCGGGGAGUGGGUUGCAUUUUGCGGUCGGGAAAAGUACGAUGAAUUCGUUGUAAACCGCUUUCAUUUCUUGCGUCGGUGCGUGUAUAUUUUCGGACGAAAUGUCUCCGGUAAGAAGCAACUGAAACGGAGUAGAAAAAAACUUGCUCGCGGUUAAAAUCGACGGUUCGAUGUAUGGCUUCCAAAAUUGCAGCAUGUUCGUUCCUCAAUAUUGUAGUAAGCUUCGUUUUUCGAACAAAUUGUUCGGCCUGUCCAGUGUACUGGGCUUCUAUUAUUUGCUUUUUGGACGGGACAGACGGUUGCGCGAUUAUUGCCAUAUGGAUGUUCUCAAGAAAUUUUGGUCGGAGCUUUGCGCAUGAUCUGCACUUUCGUUUGCCAGACCACUUGGUCUCAUUGAGUCGCUGGCGCUUUGCCUCUUGUUUUUUACUUUUUUCUUCGGCCGUUUACUUGCCUUUCUUUUUUUUUUGGUCUCAUUCCCUUUUUUGUUUCUGGCGUUCUCCGGGCACAGUUUGGAUCUUCCGUCUUUAUGGCCUUUUUUAUGACAUUUCUUGCAAGUGCCAGCUAUAGAUAGGAUAAUUAGCUCAGGUUCUUCUACUAUUGCGUAUUAUUAUAUAUUGGAGCCGGUCUUCUUCUUGUUUCUGCUUUAACAACUUCCAUCUCUUUUUCAGUAAGAUCAAUUCUUUAUAUGAUCGAGUUUGAUAUAAAGACAACAGCUUCUGUUCGUAAUCUUCUUCCUUGUCGAUAGAGGCUACAGACUCUUCUUCACUUUCACUGAACGGCGUACUGUCAUCUUCAUUAAAGAUUGGCAAUGGAUUUCUCAAUGAGGAGGCCAUGGUAAGAAAAGAAAUAGAAUGCGGAAAGAGGCACAACACGCCAACGCGUCAUGCGUCUGAGAAUUUUCGAG